AUGUCAGGCUUCGUCGGCUCGUACAACCUACCUGCUCCUCGCAGAAUUACCGCCUCCAAUUUGCCAGUUCCCUCUCACCUUUCUAGCGAUCCACACGCGGAGCCCGGUGUUGAGGUCAGAGACGAAAGGCUCGUGGUGAAGCCGCUUCUCGACUCCAGCUACAGACAUGCUGUGAUUGCCACUAGCCCUCAGGUCCCUACCAAGAAUGAUAGCCAGGAAGUACAAUGGACUAGGAGAUACAUCCAAAAGGCUAAAGUUUGUAGCGGUGAACUUGAGCUAGAUGCUUUUCCUGGUGCUGGCAUCGUCUUGCCGGGCGGUUUGAACACCUACUACCUCGACAUUGCCCCCCACACUGAGGGUGUGCUGCACCGCACAACCUCGACCGACUAUCUCGUUGUGAUCAGUGGCAAGCUCAGCCUCUUGACGCCAAAUACUGAUGCGUUCCAUAUCAAAGACAGAAAGGCCACAUGCGCAAAUAAUCUCGUCACGACUGUCGCCCUGCCUGGCGACGUAAUCUACCAGGGUGGGCCAAUGCACAGCUUGUCGAACCAUACUAAUGAAUGGGUACGCGUAUUGUGCCUUGUCGUCGGUUCUGAGAUCAACAAAGCUCCUCUCGACAAUGGCAGUGGCGACAAAGAGCUGGCCGAUCAGUGGCUUGCCCAAGAAGAAUGA